UAUUAAUGGAAUCGACAAGCUUCAUCCCACGAUACAAAAGUGUUACCUGGCUAUGUUUAACAGUACGAACAACAUCGUGUACUGGACAAUCAAAGAGCGAGGUUUCAAUGUCCUCCCCGCCCUCCGGCAAAUGUGGGUAAAUGAGUUCAAGGUAUGCCUAAAGGAGGCCAAGUGGUACAACAAAGGGUACAAGCCAACGCUCGAGGAGUACCUGAGCACCUCAAUAAGCUCAACCGGAGGGCCUCUCAUGCUCUUCUGCAGCUUCUUCCUCACUACCCACAACUUGACGCAGGAAACGGUCGAUUAUGUCGCCAACAUCCCAAGCCUCAUGAAGUAUUCUUCCUUGGCUCUUCGAUGUAACAACGAUUUGGGCACAUCGCCGGUUGAAAUGGCGAGAGGAGAUAAUUCAAAGUCGAUACAUUGCUACAUGUACGAGAACGGUGUGUCUGAAGAAGUGGCUCGAGAAUGCAUCGAGAACAUGGUGCGUGAAUAUUGGAAGAAGAUGAACAAGCAUUAUUUCGAAGACCGCCCAUUCCCCGGGCUCCAGCCCUUUCGAAAUGCAUGUCUCAAUCUGGUUCGAUCGUCUCACUGCUUUUAUCAAUAUGGAGAUGGCAUGGGCAAGCCAAACCUUGAGUCCAAGGAUCACGUAAACCAUUAUGUCAUGUCAGUGCUGAUCGAACCUAUUCCAAUUGACGAAUGUAAGCGCUAACUUAAAAAUUUCUUUUUUGUAUCAUCGUUUGAAUGUCAAUGUACCUUGAUUCAAGGGUCGACUUUCUAGUGUCU